AUGGUGCUUGGAGAAGCCGUGACUCUCCUCCUGGCGGUCUGUCUCUCAGGCCUGGCUAUCCACUGGGAGUGGAAAUGGUGGCAUCAAAGGAGGAAACUUCCCCCUGGGCCAACACCUCUGCAAUACCCGAUCUAUUUCCUGCAUCCGUGGAAGACAGGGCUGCUCAAGCCACUGAUGAAGAUCAAAGAGAAGUACGGCCCCGUGUUCACGGUGUAUAUGGGCUUCCGGCGGGUCGUGGUUCUCUGCGGCUACGACGUGGUGAAGGAAGCCCUGGUGGACCAUGCAGAGGAGUUCAGCGACAGAGCUAAAAUGGCCAUAGUGGACAGACUCUUCACUGGUUAUGGUGUUUUUACGGCUAACGGGGAACGGUGGAAGAAGCUCCGUCGAUUUUCCUCUGAAAUCCUGAGGAAUUUUGGGGUGGGGGGUAGCAGCAUUGAGGAGCGGAUCCAGGAGGAAGCCCAGUACCUGGUGGAGGAGAUGAGGAAAACCAAAGGUUCUCCCUUCGACCCCACCCUCCCCAUCUACUACGCCGUCUCCAACGUCAUCUGUGCCAUUGCCUUUGGGAACCGCUUCGAAUACGAGGACAAAAAGUUUCUGAACUUGAUGGGCAUCAUCAACAACUUGUUUCUGGAAAUAAGCACCCACUGGAGCCUGCUCUACGAGAUCUGUCCAAGGAUCCUGCAAUUCCUACCUGGGCCGCACAAGCGGAUGCCGCGCAUCUACAAGACACUACACGAGUUUAUCCUGGAGAGGGUGAGGAUGAACCAGCAGAGCCUGGACCCCAGCUGCCCUCGGGACUACAUCGACUCCUUCCUCAGCAGGAUGGAACAGGAAAAGCAAAACCCACUGAGUGAAUUCAACACCGCAAACCUGGUGGAUAGCGUGACGCAACUAUUUGGUGCUGGGACAGAGACAACUUCCUCCACCUUGAGAUACGGAUUCCUGCUCUUGGUCAAAUACCCGGAGGUGCAAGGCAAGGUGCAAGAGGAGAUCGACCGCGUCGUCGGCCAGAACCGCAGCCCAGCCAUGCACCACCGAGGCCAAAUGCCGUACACCAAUGCCGUGAUCAAUGAGGUCACGAGAUUCGCCAACAUCCUCCCCGUGGGAAUUCCACACGCCCUGACCUGCGACGUCCACUUCCGCGGGUACUUCCUUCCCAAGGGUACGGAUAUUUGCGCUGCCUUAGGCACUGUUCUCCAAGACCCCAAAUACUUCAAGGAUCCAGAAAACUUCAGCCCCGGGCAUUUCCUGGAUGAAGAAGGCCGCUUCAAGAAGAACAAUGCUUUCCUGCCAUUUUCUGCAGGCAAGAGGGUGUGUCUGGGCAAGAGCCUGGCCCUCAUGGAGCUCUUCCUGAUCCUAACCACCGUCUUGCAGCGCUUCACCCUGAAAUCGCUGAAACCCCCGCAGGAGAUCGACCUCACCCCAAAAAUGAAUGGAUUUGGGAUCAUCCCCCCCAGCUACGAGAUCUGCGCCUGCCCACGUGAGGAAGAACUGCAGGACGCGGCCUAGGAGAGUCACAGC